AUGGUGAGUAAAAGGCAGACCGAACUUAAAAAGGAAUUGCAGGAUUCUUACAAGAAAGCAGAAAAAUUAAUUGAUAGGGAUGAGGAGCCUACUGAUAAAGGAAUGCAAAGUAACAUGAAUGAAAAAGAAGUUGUAGAAGUUACUGGCACAGAACCAAAGGAGAAUUUCACAGAUGCUGGGUAUAGGUAUGAUAGCAAUGUACCUUCUCAGCAGAAUGACAUUGCUGGCAGAGGAAGAUAUACAAGUAAAACAAAAUCACAAUUUAGUGAUGUUGCUCUAACUGAUGAGUCCAGAAACCAAGCUCCAGCAGCAAUGCAAGGUGGUGCAGAGAACUCGAACACCAACGUUAAAGGUGAAACCUCUUCUUCCACCAACAAAAAAGAGGGUGGCCUAAUUUCAGCAAUCGCAUCUAUGAUUGGUGGAAAUAAGGUGGGAGAGAAGCAGCAGAAGGAGAGUGACACACUUUAUCAGAAUAAAGAAAGUGCUACUGGAAAUCAUGGCAAGAGAAGUAUAGUUGCGAAUACGAGUUCCCCAAAUGAAGAAAACCAGUACUAUGAGGGUACAGAAUUGAAAAGUGGAGCUAGAACUGGCCGUGAAGGAACAAUCCAUAACAAUGAGAAAACAGCUCCUGAACAAUAUUCUAGCAAAGAAAAGAUGCAAGCAAAUCGUGUUCCGGAUUCAUCAAGAGAUCCAAAUCCUCGGCAAGAAGAGUUGAAAUUUUCAAACGAGGGGGACGGUACCAGGGAGGGCGAUUCAAUCAAGAUGAAAAUUUUGUCACAAAAACAAGCGGCUCAACCAAACUUGGCAGAUAACGGUGGUCAUAGGAGAAACACAACCAUUGAAUCAGAAACUACGAUGAUCCAGGAGAAUAAUACUCAGAUGACUAAGAAAGAGAAAAGAAAGGGUGAAGGAAUACUAUCUUCUAAGGGUGAAAGGAGAAUCCUUGACCCGGAAACAACCAGAGGAACAAUCUAUCAGGAAAUUCAUGGUGACCAUUUGGAGGCUGCUGAACCAAGAUAUACAAAUGAACUAUCAGAAGCCAUAUUGAUGAAGAGAAGAAAGGGUGAAAUGAUCCGGAAACAACGCUUAAAGGGAAUCCCAAGAUCAGACAAACUUUCUACAUCAGGUAAUCAGGGGGAGACAAGGCAGAUGCGGAAACGUACAGGACGGCAAGCUGAUAAUGAGCAAUUAACAGCUGAGGAAAACUUGAUGGCCAAACAGUCUGCGAAGGCUGCCAUCAGAAAAAAUGAAGCUGCGGCUUAA